GAUAAAUAUAUUGCACUGGUUUUGAGUGACGUGGCCUACCUGCCGGUAGUUCUGGCGCUACAAUGAGGAAAAGGAAAGCAUGUUCUGCGCUCUGCGUGGACUAGAUACGGCAAAAAAAUCCAGAGGCCGUCCUACUUAACACAGCCACAUGUGCACGACAUGCUGUGUGUGGGAGGCAACAGGUGGAGAGGACCUUACUCUUGCCGAACACCAGGGCCCAAUGAGGCAUAUACCUGUUGAGGAGAUAGAAGACUUUAAUAAAUACAAAGUACUGGGGGCGUAACACAGGGUAUCACAGGAGAACGCUGCAUUUGCCAAGGGUGUUAUAGUGAUUUUACCAGAAGAAAUAACCCCCCAAGAUGGGCUCGCCUUCAAACCCAAGGAGGUAAAAUUGAGCCAAAGUAGUGUCCUGUCUGCCAGGGACUGGUUAGGUGGCGAGACUCUGGAAACAUGGCGACAGUUUUUUUUACUUGCGGUACGGGCUCUCGCCUGGGGUCUACUGGUGCAAGAAAAGAGACGCCAUCAACGAGUUAGAUCCAACUGUGUUAUGGAGAGGGUCAUGCGACAACUUAAAUUUUCACAUAAGUAUUCCAAAAAGCUAACUGAGAGCGGGGCCAAUCUCAAAAGAAUGCUGAAUCUUAUCACAGGUGAGACACAAGCUAGUAAAGCCCAUUUUUAAACCAAAAUAUUUUUAUUGUAAAUUUAAUAUAAAUGUAAUAUAAAUUUCAUGUUAACCACAGCCAGCAAAGAAUUUUAACUCUCACUUGAAAUACGGUACUGAAAUAGUUUGAUCCGGAACCAAGAAAAAAAGGCGAAAUCGCGAGCACAGACUUCACGCUUGAACCAGACAACACUUCUCCUUAAGAAUGCUUACAAGGUACUUAUUGAAAUGGGGAAGUCGUUUGUUCAAACUGUUGAUCUGCUAUUGGCUUUGGCUCAUUCAGAUGGGACUAUUCGAGCAGGACAAAAAAGGUCUGAGGUAUGUUCAUGAACCCCUACCCCCACAUAUUACCACAUUUGGCCAGUACACGGAGCAUUAUUACCAGCAUGUUGUAGUAGAUAAUGGCUAUACACUUGGAGCUAAGACUGUUACAAUUGUCUUUGACACUGACAGAUAUUUGCCUCCACCACGACUUAUUCAUCAUGCGGAGAGAGGGAGUAAAUUGCAACAAGAUGCUUCUCAAUAUCAACAUCAUGUGAAGGGCAACUUUAGUGAUGAUGAACUCUUUCCUAAAGGGAAAUCAUAUGAAAAGAUGCUGACAGACAACAACACCAAACAAGUGUUUCUCUCCUCCCUUGUAAAGAAGCUUCACGAGAAGGCUGUAACUAGGCUUGACAACAAAAAAGAGCUUAUCACAGACUUCAAUUCUGGUACAUGUAGUUCUAUAUCUGUGACUAGAUGUGCUAUAACGCCAGCCAAAGAGAGAGAUAAUAAGCAAGGGGAGGCAGAUUAUGCUAUCCUGUUCUAUGCUGCCAAGUCACAAAGGAAGAACAUUCUCAUUAAAGCUAGUGACACUGAUGUGUGGAUCUAUGGAUUCGCUGUUGCUGAAUGUGGUAAGCUAAAUGGAAAGACUGUUUAUGUUGAGAGGAAUAGCACUGACUAUGUGAAUGUAACUGAAGCUCCACACAUCAUUGCUGGACACCCAAAAUUGGAUGAAAUAACACUUCCUGCAACAGUUAAUGUGGCACUAUAUAUACUUAGUAGUAAUGACUACGUAAGCAGCAUUUAUGGCUGCAGUUCGAAGAGGAUUCUGCAGGCUUUCCUUGAUAACAGUGGAUUUAUUUGCAAAGAAGAGCCAUUAGUAAAUCUUCAGAAUUAAGAAGGGUCACAUCAGCAUGCUGUUAGCUUGUCAAACACAGCAGUCUUAAAAUUAAUUUUUUUUUGUCUAUCAGUCCAAACAUAAGACUGUGUUCCAUGGACAGCAACCUGAAGAUUUGGUGAAUGCCAUCAAGAAUCCACCUCUGUCCAAUGAUAUGAAACACUUAUGCACUAUGUUUGGAUAUAACACAUGCACUGCUCGAGCUUAUGAAAAGAGUGACAUUUCAGACAAGUGCUGGGUCACCAAAUCAUGAAUCAAUGCAGAUGCCAAAUAAGACGGCACUUAUUUUGCAUGCUAGAAGGGCAGAAUAUGUGCUUAAACUAGCAGUCCAAUCAACAGAGUACCAAUCUAGUCAUAUUAUGAAUGUUGCUGAAUUUAGAUGGGAAAAGGAUGGUCUACAAAUUCAUAUUAUUUGGGACAAUGGCAUCAAUUCUGGAAAUGCAGUACAACAAUUGAAGAGGAAACCACAGCGUCCUCAACUCAAGAAACAAAACGUGGGUUGUUGGUGCAAUCUGGCUGCAGCACAAAUCGAUGCAAAUUCUUCAAACUGAAGGAGGGGUGCAAUCAUGAUGAAUGCAAGUACAAAAUCUGUCAUAAUUCCUUCAGUGUUGUCUUAACAGAAGAAUCGUUUCCUGAAGGUACUGAAAUUCACUUGACAGGAGACAGUACACCAGAGUUUGUAACACCCAUGAUGGAGGCCCAAAUGGACUCGGGGAGGCCUGUUUCAGAGAACAAAACAUGGCUAUCAACCAGAAGACUCAAUGAAUUAUUCAAGCUUAAAGCAGCUUUGGAAACUUGUACCUAGAAGAUCAAGAUCUCAAGCAGUACUACGAUGUAUGGGGAGAAUUAUACACAGCUGAAGGAUUGGUACUUGACAAGAUAGUACCACCGGAACACGCAACAGCAGGGACACCUGGGAGAAUCUAAAACCAAAGAAAUCAUCCGGAGAAUGAACAUUUGAAUAGACAACAUCGUUGGAUCAUAAUUUAGGUGAACGUAGCAACCAAUACACACCACACUGAAACAGCCAAGAUGACCCAACUACCAUACAAGCCAUAAGAAUCAGUAGCUAGAGGUCGACCUUUGUGUACCAUUCCCUAAUGAAGAGUAUGCCAUGGUAAUAACAGACCAGUACUCGAGGUACCCAGAGGAGGAGUUUGCCACAUCCACUGCCAUCACACCAUCCGUGGUCCGUGAGAAGUCCAGACAGACAACAGACCCCCAUUUAACUCGAAGGAAUUAAAUCGUGUAAAAGAGGCUGCCAAAAAAGUGUACUUUGAGAAUCAAUUUAAAUUGAAUAGUGUCAACCUCAAAACAACUUGGAAAUUAAUAGGUUUACUAAUAAACCGGAAAAAUAGUACCAGUCUACCGCCAAUUACGAAAUUAACCUAUAACAACAAGUGUUAUACUGACAAAGCCAGUAUUGCACACCACUUAAAUACGCAUUUCAUUAAUGUAGGUCAAGACCUCGCGAACAAGAUUCCACAUAGUACCCAACAGCCAAAACAGUACAUAAAACGUACUUUUCGUGAUAGCUUCAGUUUUCGCGCCAUUCUUGUCCACGAAGUGUACGACUUGCUAUAUGGAUUGGACCUUAAAGUAUCGUCAAUUGGCGUACCAAGGCGCUGUAUUAAACUUGCGUCAAGUCACAUUAGUGACAGUUUAACCACCAUACUUAAUCAAUCAUUGCAGCAGGGUGUGGUACCUGAUAUACUCAAAAUAUCUAAAAUCACCCCUGUGGACAAGGGUGGUGAAAUCACGGAUCCGUUUAAUUUUCGACCAAUUUCAACUCUGUCAACUUUUACUCAAGUACUUGAAAAGCUUGAUUAUCAACAAAUCAUUAACUAUGUAGAAAAACAGAACAUACUUUACGAAUGUCAACUUCAUUGGCUAUAACCGAAAUAAUAAACACUCUUAGAAAAGCAUCGACAAUAAUAUGUAUACCUGUGGUGUAUUUUUAGAUUUCUCGAAGGCUUUCGAUACAGUUGCAUGGCAUUUUACUAGAUAAAUUAGAGGCCCAUGGGAUAAGGGGAUUGACACUCAAGUGGUUUACUAAUAACCUAACAGACAGAAAACAAUAUGUAGACUUGGGUGGGGUCAGGUCUUCUGAGCUGACAAUGCUCAAGAACUGACCUUACUAUGGCAAAACACAUCAGCCCAUUCUUUUAAAGCAUUUUUAUAUCUAUUUGGUAAUGAGUUGGGGAGGGAUUCAGUAUCGAAAUUUUCCCGUCCGAGAAUUGGAAUUCCUCCUAUCUCAUUCAAAAUACAACUUGGUAUUAUUUUCAAUGAUCGUUCUUCUAUAUUUAAUAGCUGAGAAUUUAGUUUAAUCCGACUUGCCUUGACAAUUGACGCAAAAUCAGGCAGUUUUAAACCAACUUUUUCGUAGGGCCCUAUUAGAGUAUCGUAUUUUAUUUUUGGAUUCCUUCCCCUCCAGAUAAAGUCCUUGACCACGCUUUCUACUUCACGUAUAUAGCCACUUGGAAGACAUAAUUUAGAACAUAUAUUCAGUAACUUAGACAAAGCCAAAGAACGGACAACUUGAAUUCGCCCAAAUAAUGUCAGAUCACGUGUUCACCAUAUGGAUAAUACAGUUUUAAAAUUAUCUAAAACGCGAAUAAAAUUUUUCUGGUUUGACAAAGUUUCAUUAUAAGAAAAGAAAACCCCUAAAAUCGUAAGACCCUCCUUAUAAAAUUCCACCCAUUUCAGCCCCAAAUUACCUAACACUUGCUACUGAAGUGGUUCUUCUCCUAGCCAUCCAACCUCUGAUUUAGACAGAUUAAUUUUUAAAGAUGUAAAUUGACUAAACUGUUUUAAAAUAAUUAAUGUAUUUUUAAUGAAGCAGUAUCUCUCUCUCUCUGGUUUCUUUUCUUGAUUUCCUAUUUGUAAACCUUUGAUCUCUUUGCAUUCUCUGCUCAUUGUAGCCAUCACUUCAAAAACCAAUAAUAUAUAGAAUUAGGCACUGCCUAAAGGCGGAGCCAGCAUUUGAUACCUUUUUGUGUUGACUGAUAGGGGUAAUUUAGGGGGAUCUAGGUGUCUUUAAAAUGUUUUUUUAAUGAGAUUAAAAAAAGUCAUUUUUUA